AUGGCCACAAAAGCAACAGCCACUCUCGAAAAAGAGAUCAUCGAGACACUCACAUCCGAGCCCACCGAAAACGAGCCCAAAAUGUCGACCACCAAGCAAGCCAGUAAACGGGAAAAAGCGCUGGAAGAAGCGAUCGCUCAGAUCGAACGCAACUACGGGCGCGGCGCCGUCAUGCUGAUGAGCGAAAACGAUAGCUUCCGUAACGUAGACGCCAUCUCCACCGGCUCGCUCUCUCUCGACAUCGCACUCGGCAUCGGUGGCCUGCCACGCGGUCGCAUCAUCGAAAUCUUCGGCACCGAAUCCGCCGGAAAAUCCACCCUCGCAAUGUCCGCCGUCGCCCAAGCCCAGAAAGCCGGCGGAGUCUGCGCAUACGUCGACGUGGAACACGCGAUGGACCCCAUAUACGCCAAAGCCAUCGGCGUCGACAUCGAUUCCCUCUUGAUUUCCCAACCCGACUCCGCAGAACAAGCACUCGAAAUUAUCGAACAUCUGGUGCGCUCCGGUGCGCUCGACAUGAUCGUCUUGGACAGCGUCGCUGCAUUGGUGCCCAAUGCCGAGAUACAAGGCAACAUGGGCGACUUCCAAAUCGGAGCCCAGGCACGUUUGAUGUCGCAAGCCCUCCGGAAACUCACCGCCAUCGUCAACCAGACCAAGACCAUCUGCGUCUUCAUCAACCAGCUCCGUGAAAAAGUCGGUGUCGUAUACGGCAGCCCCGAAGUAACCCCCGGCGGCCGGGCACUCAAGUUCUACUCCAGCGUCCGCCUCGACAUGCGCCGCAAAGAAUCCCUCAAGACCGGAAAAGACAUCACCGGUAACCGAGUCCGAGUCCGAGUCGUCAAAAACAAAGUCGCACCUCCCUUCCGACAGGCUGAGAUCGACAUCAUCUUCAACGAAGGCAUCAGCAUCGAGGGCGACCUCCUCGAACUCGGCGUCGAGCACGGCAUCCUCCAAAAACGCGGCGCCUUCUACGCCUACGGCGAAACUCGCCUCGGACAAGGCCGCGAAGCGUCUCGCAUCUUCCUCAAGGAACACACCGACAUGCGCGACGAGAUCGACGCACAAGUCCGCGGCAUCACCAUGCCAGACACGCAAAAGGCAUAG